CCGGGGCGGCCGCGGCUGCUGCGGCUCCGGACCAUGGACAGGCUCAGCGUGCUGGACCAGCUCCUGCCAGAGCUCAGCGUUCUGCUCAAGCUGCUGGACCAUGAGUACCUGAGUGCCACCACACAGGAGAAGAAGCUGGCUGUCUCCAGCAUCCUGCAGAAGCUGCAGCCGCCUGCAGGGAAGGAUGUGGACUACAUGUACGUCAACACAGCGUCCCUGGGCAAUGGCACCAGCUUUGUGGAGUCCCUCUUUGAGGAGUUUGACUGUGACCUGCGGGACCUGCAGGACAUGCAGGAGGACGAGGGGGACACCAGUGACGGUGCUGGCUUGGAGCUGGCGAGGAGCCAGACCUGCAAAGCUGUUCCUGUGGAUCCUGCUCCUCCACUGCCCACCACUCCCCCUCCUGAGGAUUACUACGAGGAAGCGCUGCCCCUGGGCCCUGGCAAGGCCCCCGAGUACAUCACCUCCCGCAACAGCUCCAGCCCCCCCAACUCCAUCGAGGACGGCUAUUACGAGGAUGCAGACAGCAACUACCCUGUCACCAGGAUAAACGGGGAGCAGAAAAAUUCCUACAACGACUCGGAUGCCAUGAGCAGCUCUUACGAGUCCUAUGAUGAGGAGGAGGAGGAGGGCAAGGGCCAGCAGCUGACACACCAGUGGCCGUCGGAGGAGGCCUCCAUGAACCUGGUGAAGGAUUGCCGGAUCUGCGCGUUCCUCUUGCGCAAGAAGCGCUUUGGGCAGUGGGCCAAGCAGCUCACCAUCAUCCGGGAUGGCAAACUGCUGUGCUACAAAAGCUCCAAGGAUCGGCAGCCACACGUGGAGGUGCCCCUGAGCACCUGCAAUGUCAUUUACGUGCCCAAGGACGGGCGGCGCAAGAAGCACGAGCUGCGGUUCUCGCUGCCAGGGGCUGAGGCGCUGGUGCUGGCAGUGCAGAGCAAGGAGCAGGCUGAGGAGUGGCUCAAGGUGAUAAAGGAAGCCAGCAGUCCAGCAGCGGGCGGGAUGGAAGCCCCCACCUCCCCAGCGAUGCCGUGCAAGAUGGAGCUGGACAAGCGCCUGUCCCAGGAGAAGCACACCUCGGACUCGGACAGUGUGGCCAUGGGUGACACCGGGUCCUCGGCCACCCGCAGAGAGCACGGCGAGCACGGGAAAGGCAAAAAGAGCGGCCUGGCUGACCUGAAGGGCUCGAUGAGCCGGGCAGCAGGGAAGAAAAUCACCAGGAUCAUCAGCUUCUCCAAGAAAAAGCCAUCCCCUGAGGACACCCAGACCUCCUCCACUGAGGAGGACAUCCCCUGCUGCGGCCACCUCAGCGUGCUGGUGAACCAGUGCUGGAAGGAGCGCUGGUGUCGCCUCAAGGGCAACACCCUCUACUUCCACAAGGACCGCACGGACCUGCGCACACACGUGAACGCCAUCGUCCUGCGGGGCUGCGAGGUGGUCCCGGGGCUGGGCCCCAAGCACCCCUUCGCCUUCCGCAUCCUCCGCCACGGGCAGGAGGUGGCGGCGCUGGAGGCAAGCUGCUCUGAAGACCUGGGCCGCUGGCUGGGUCUCCUCUUGGUGGAAACAGGCUCCCAGACAGCCCCAGAGGCCUUGCACUACGACUACGUGGAUGUGGAGACCAUUGCCAACAUCGUGACGGCCGUGAGACACUCGUACCUGUGGGCCAGCUCCUCCCAGGAUCACCGAGCGGACUCCUCUCGGGUGGUGUACGAUGAUGUCCCCUACGAGAAGGUUCAGCAGGCGGAGGAGCCAGGGCGGCCGGGGGGUGCUCAGGUGAAGCGCCACGCCUCGUCCUGCAGCGAGAAGUCGCGAAGGGUGGACCCGCAAGUCAAAGUGAAGAGACACGCGUCCAGUGCCAACCAGUACAGGUACGGCAAGAACCGGGCCGAGGAGGACGCCAGGCGGUUCCUGACGGAGAAAGAGAAGCUGGAGAAGGAGAAGGCAGCGAUCCGCAGCGAGCUGAUGUUGCUGCGGAAGGAGAAGCGGGAGCUGCGGGAAGCCAUGAAGGGCAGCACGGGGCCGAGGCUGCAGGAGCUGGAGCAGCGUGUGGCGCUGCUGGAGGAGCGGUGCCGGCACAAGGAGGAGUCUCGGGUCGAUCUGGAGCUCAAGCUGACCGAAGUGAAGGAGCAGCUGAAGCAGUCGCUGGCAGGAGGGCCGGCCCUGGGGCUGGCUGUGACCAGCAAGGCUGAGAAUGGGGAAGCUACAAACAAGCCAAACGGGAGCCCCCCUGAGCACUUGGUCCCUGUGAACUGUGCGGCAGAGCUGAGGAAGAGAAGCCCCUCCAUCAUCCCUGCCAACACAGGGAGCGUGCUGCGGAAAGCCAAGGAAUGGGAAAAGAAACAGACUUAAGUCAGCCUGCCAAGCCCUGAACACACACUGGGGAUCACAGAGGAGCGGCCAGCCCCCUUUCUCCAAAACACUGGGAGGGUGCUGGGAAGGCGUGGUGGGAAGAGAUGUUCUCUCAGCCCCCACCACUGCAGCACCACCACCACGAUAAACCAGGGAAAGGGGGAGGGAGGGGAUUUGGGAGGCGGGUGGGGAAAGGGAAUUCCUUGUGAAUCAGGGUCACAAACUGCUGGGAAACCCAGCUCUGGGGGAGCCUGCCCCGGAGCCAGGAGUCCAACACAAACUCUGGGUGCAGAAGGAAGGAGGGGAGAGCCUGGGGCUGGCAGUUGGCACUGCCCAGCAGGUGCUCUGGUUUUCGGGAUCAGCACGUGUCCAGGCUAACAUUUGCCAAAGCAACCGUGGACUUGUUGGGGUUUUUGGCCCCCUCAGUAUUGGGAUUCAGGAGCUGCUCAGGACCAGCCACUUCGGAGAUGCUGAUUGUUCACCCUGCUCACUGCUCCCAGCUCUGCAGGGUUUCAUCUCAGGGUUCCUCAUGGCUUGAGCUUGCUGUGCCUCAACCUAGUGCCUUUGUCCAGUAUUUCCUUUUCAUUCUCCAGGCAGUAAGGGUGACGGCAUGCUGCCUUCCCUUGGAAUGGAGGAAGCUCAAGUGUCAGCAUUGGAAAGCAAAUUAUCAGUGGAUGCCUUUUACCUUUGCUAGACAGCUUAGAAGUGCUGCAAAGGGCUGGGGAGGAUUCAGGCCAGCUUUCUGCCCUGGUCCCGUGCUGGUUUUGGGGGGAGCAGGGAUGAGGCUCAUUCAAGAGCACAUUCACACUCUGGCUGCUGCACUCAGACACAGGUUGGUAAGGCAUGUGAUCAAAAUGGAGUGAAGGGAGGUCUAAAAAUUUUAAAAAAGAAAAACAAACCAGCAGGGUUAUUGGAGCAGAAAAGCAAAACAGAGUAAGGUCAUUCAGCACAGGCAGAAACAAGGGACAGGAAUGGAAAGGAAAAGGCCCCAGCUUUUGUGCUGGGAACAAGGGAGUCACCAUCACCCUCUCAUGCUAUGGACUGCCACAGUUAACCUCUGGAGCUCGCACUUCCACAGCCCUGUGUUAGUACUAGGUAAGCAGCUUUUAAUAAAAAUGCUGGCACUGGCCUGCCAGGUCCUCUCUCUUAAGGAACAGGGUGGGAAAGCUACUCCAGCUCCCAGGGAAAGGGGCAGGGGUGGGCUCAGCACUCCUGUGGCAGCAGCUGCUGGGACAAGCAGCCCAUGAAAGCACAUCAGAGAAUCCCAGACUGGUUUGGGUUGGAA